GCUCGCGCAACAGAUUUUGUUAAUAAAAUUUAUCGCUUAUGCUAUUUUCUUGGCAUCGGGCUCGACAUUCAACGCACUAUUCCUCUUGAAAAAUGGCUGAAGCCGCCUCGUGUGUGACGACAGCGAUUCAGAGGAGAGUAGCCAUGCUACCCUUUUUAAUGCAGAUGUCUCCAGGAAAGAAAAUGUAGCAUCCAGUCCUGACAGUCUAGACCUACCAGACCCAGCUUAUGAUGCAGAAGAGGAUGACCUUCCUAAAUUGGUAAAACGCAAGUUAAAGAAAAAAGGAGUGAAAGAGAGUCCUAACGAAAAAAAAUGGAAAGAAAAAACAGGAGGAGAAUUUGUUGGGAGUGCAAAAAGGAUCAUUUGUCUGGAUGAAGAGGAUGAUGUCAGAGAGUUUUCGGAGGAAACAGCAGAAACUGAAGUUGAGACCAUUAGUCUUGAUGAACAUGAUAAAGAGCAAACUGUUGGAGAGUUUUCUGAGAUAUAUGGGCCUUUGUCAUCUGAUGAAGAAGAAAAUGUAACAGAAUUCUCUAAAGACUUUCCAAUUUUCUCAAGAAAAAUUGGUGGAUAUGGAGCUGCAGAAAUCAUCGAUGUUCUGAUGAAAGUAGAUAACCAUACUCAAUAUGUAUGUCCAACUGUUCCUUUACAGUGUGAAGAGAAUGCCACUUUCUUAGUUGAUACUGAUAAACUGAGAAAAUUUUCAGAUCUGACUGUGGAUGACAAUGGGCUCUGGAAAAGGCCAUCAGGAUCAAAGUUGUACCUUACAAAGACAGAACGAGGUUAUAAGUCCAGCAGACAGAUUACUCAAUCAUAUGAUUUUCAGCUCAGGAAAAGCUACUAUGUCCAUGCUGGGACUCCAGAUUUCCACAAAAUUGUCUACACUAUAAGAAACUCAGAAGGACACAACCUCAGACAUGCAAUUAUACAGUAUUAUUUCCAAGAUGGAAAAGUUGUUCCUGUCUUAAAAAAUGUUCCACAUGGAAAUUCUAAGAAAGAAAAUCCUUUCAUUAGAACAAAACCAAGUGCAAUUGCAGAAAUGAAGAACAAAUCUGUUUAUAUGCAGCCCAAGAAAGUUGUUGCAGAUUUGUUCAAUGAGGAAGGAGGAUCGUUGAACUUCAAAUCACCAUCAGAUAUACCUAGAGACAGAACUCAAAUUUACAACAUUAACAGAAGCAACCCUAGGAAAUACCAGACUGGUGGAAAAUGUACUACUAAUUUUGAUGCCAUUAUCAAGAUGUCUGUUGAGGGCAAUUUUGCUCGAAGUUUUGAAAUGAAAGAAAAUGGUCAUGCCAGGUGCUUCCUUGCAACAGAUCAGCAACUCCUUGAUGUGAAAAAAUUUUGCUGCAAUUCAGAUUCCAUUUUAGGCAUAGAUCCAACAUUUGAUCUUGGAGGAUUUUACCUUACAUGUACCACUUACAGACACCUUAUGUUUGUCAUCAGAGACAGUGGCAGACACCCUCUUUUACUCGGUCCAUGUAUGAUGCAUCUUAAACGAGAAACCAGUGACUAUGAAUACUUCGGCAAAACACUCUCUGGAUAUAUUAAAGAUGACGUUGUAAAUGUAUGGGGAUCAGAUGGAGAAAAAGCCCUCAUAAAUGGCCUUCAAAAAAGUAACGCUUUUCAAGGAAUCCAUCUAAUUUGUGAGAUACAUGCCCGAGACAACUGUGAAAGAAAGCUUAAGUCAUUAAACUUUAAAGAACCUCACAUAAAUUUAUUCUUGAAUGAGAUAUAUGGACAGCAGCAUGGGAACAAACGCAUUGGAGGGCUCAUUGACUGUGAAACAGAGUCUGAUUUUGAUUCAUCCCUCAUCAAUUUGGGCAGGAAGUGGGAUGCAAUUGAAGUUACCGAAACUGGAAGAAAACCCCCUGAGUUUUUUACUUGGUUCAAGAAAUUCAAAGCCGAAGAGUGUAAAAGAAAUCUUUUAAAACCAAUAAGAACAGCUGCAGGGCUAGGAUAUCCUCCUAUAAGAUAUACAAACAACAACAACGAGUCAAUUAAUAAUGUGCUGAAGCGUGAAGUUGACUAUAAAAAACAGUUCUGGGAGAACAUGGCGGUGUCUCUACAAAACAUUAUCCACACGCAGUAUCAAGAAUUGGAGAAAGGAGUGUUCAACGUUGGGGAAUAUAGGCUGCAUAAUGAUUAUAAUCAUCUCUCUGUAUCAACACUUAACUGGUCUCAGUUAAACAAAGACCAAAAACAGGACAAGCUUGCCAAAGUAUUCAGGUAUAAUGCAGAAUUUACUGAACUGCCAACUCACCAUAUACCUUCAGUCCUUUUCGAAACAUACAAUGCCCUGACUGGUACGAUCUACAAAGCUCAUGACCUAAGAGAUGUCUGGAGAAAAGCAGGUCUUCUUGCAGGUGACAAGUCCAUAUUCACUAAACUUUCAUCAAACAAAACAUGUAUAGACUGUAGUGAAAAUGUGUACAUUGUAGAGGGAAAUGAAGAAAUGGAUUGGUUUACAUGUACUUGCACUGGGAGUCACAAAUGUCAGAACUUUGAUAAGUUUGGAGUAUUCUGUGAACACACUAUUGCAGCAAGUGAAUUCCGGGGAACUUUGCAAAAGUAUAUACAAGAAAUUAAAAAGUGUUCUGAAAAAGUGUCUCUUGAUGCCCUGCUUGAGAAACAUACCAAGAAAUCUGGGAAAAAAAGGUCCAGAAAGGGAAAAAAUGAUCCCCAUACCAGACCUGUGAUUACAUCAUCAGUUUCACUUUUCACUGAACCUUUCCACAAUGAGGAUGAAUUUGAAGUAAAUUUCCUAAAGGGUGAAAAAAGAGCCAAAAGAUGUGCUGCAUGUGGUGUAGAUUUUCCAACAUCUGUAGUAGUUCAACCAUUUGAUCUUGUAAUGCAGCAUCCAGAGCGAUACCUAUAUCCACAGAAAAACCAAGGUGAAACUGAAUGGGUGUACACGGCUCAAAAAAAGAGAGCCACAUUCUAUCACUGCGCGCCAGAGUGCAUUCUAAAGCGACAUCCCCAUUUCACAAUUGAUAAAAUAAAGAUUCCUGAAAAUAUUAGAUCUAAACUGAAGCCAUGCCAGAUAAAAAUGCUCCAGUCUCAUUUUAACAUGGAUUUGUAAGGCGCACUGUAAUCAACUAAAAAUGUUGUUCUGUAUAUAAUGUUCUGAUUUACUUUUAAUUGAAAAUGCUUUUCUUUGUUAUAGAAUUCUUGUUUUAUUAGUAAUUCAGAAGGACACAAGAUUGAUAUGUUUUACUCUUGCAGUUUUAUUUCUUGUGACAAGACUGUCUUUUAUUUCUUGUGACAAGACUGUCUUUGGGAAUGGGUACUAUGAACUAAGAAUCUAGUCAAUCUAAUAUAAACUUAUAUUUUUGCUCAAAACAAAGUUAUCUUUGUAUUUUUUGUUCUCUUUGUUUGGAUAAGAUUUUUGUGCUUUUUUUUCUUUUUUGACAAUGUUUGGUUUAUCAUAAAUAAAAGAGAAAGUUUCAUAAAUGGAGUAUGCUUUUGAAGUUUCAACAUCAUUGUUUAAGUGCCUGUGGGCUUUUUUUUUAUUCGUGGCCACUAAUUAAUAAUACACUGGUUUUAUCAAUUUUCAUUGGCAUCAAUUUUUGUGCUAUCAGCAAAUGAUUCAGUAUUUAGAUCAUCAUAAAACUUUUGAUAUGCUUCUUACUUUAAUGAACAUCUAAUUCUACUUUAAUUUUCACUCUGCAAAACACAAAAAUUAAUGUUAAAGGAAUGUUGAUGGAACCAUUGUACAUGUAUUUUGAAUGAUCGGAUUUUUAAUGACAGAGAUGAGUGGUUGAGAAGACUACAAUACAGGGGCUAACAAAUAGAUCUUUAGGGCACUUUUCCAAGGGCAAGUACAUAUGGUAAAAAUUCACUUGCCCUACCUAAUUUGUUGCCUUACCAUAAACUAAUACUGUAUUUAUAAAUAUUUCAAAAUAGGAAGACAAAUACUAAGUAGAUCAUGUAGGCCCAUAUGCCCAGCUUCAAAUCUACGGCUUACAUAUUUGAUUUUAUUUUUGAUAUGUCACUUGCCCACAGGCGAGUGGUUGAUAAAAUUUCACUUGUCCACCCUAAAAUUCACUAGCCCUUGUUGUCGGGCAGUGGGAUUUGUCAUCCACUGCAAUAUGGGGAGGCAGACCUGUAUACUGGCACAUGAUCGGCAGUGCAAAUGACCUAAUAAAGUCGACAGGCCAGCCAUUUCUGUAACUAAAGCCCCCCCCCCCUCUUCAAAUAAAGACGUUAAUUUUAGUAAUAGAAUUAUCUAAUAUGUAACAAGGAAUCUUUGUCAAACAUUGAUACCAAUGUAUUGCAGCUUAUUGCCGUAAUAAAUUAAGUCUCUUAAAAAGGAGGUUAAACUCGAGAGUUUAGGGUCUUUAUGUAAUACCAGUAAACUUUUGUCUUACAUAAAGAAAUUUAUAAAAACCAAAGCACUAAAUAUUUUUUAAAUGCUAUUAAUGUUUGGAGAUAUAUAUAUAGAGAGAGAGAGAGAGAGAGAUAAAUUGAAAGUAAGUAAAUAUUUAUGGAUCCACCCAACAAAAAAUACAAUCGGGUUCGGGCUGUCGACUUGAGUAUAAGCGAUAAUGCUUAAAUAAAGAAAAUCCAGGUCAUUUGAGUGUUUUAAUACAGGGAGAAAAUACUUAUGUGAUAUUGGGACGAGAUUGACGCGCUGGUGCGCCGACGCG